AUGAGCGGCCAAAACGGUUAUGGCAACGGGUAUGGCUACUCCGGUACCGACCGGUACGAUACCAAUGAUGGGGGAUAUGGUGGAAACAGCAACCCUGGGGUAAACGGAUACGGUGGACGAAGUGCCGCACCACCAGGCGGAGGUGGACGAUCUGAACGUCGCCCCGGCGGAUACGGUGGUUUCUACGCUGACUCGCCUCAGCCGCCGGCUCUACCGCCGGGUCAAUCUCCUGCGCCAAGCCAGUCUCCCGAGCGGCGGCGCGAUCGAACAAACCGCGACUGGCAGCAACCCUCUCCGCAACCGUCUUCGAAUCCCUCUCCGCAACCCCAAUCCCACCCCUCAUCGCAAGCCUCUUCGCAUCCCUCUUCGCGGUCACGCACAAGGAAUCAAGAACCCGACAGGAAGUACCGGGAAGAACGGUCUAGAGAUGCAAGUCGGUACGCGGACAACAGGGACGAAAGAGACCAAAGGGAUCACAGGAGCCAGAGGAAUGCGUCACCUGUGGUUAAUAUGAGCAAUGACUCGGGGGAACCCCAGGCGAUUGAAACGAUUCUCCAGUCUAUCCAGCGCGACUGGGAUUUCAUGACUGAUGCCGAGUGUGUCCCAGUACAUGUCGCUUUGAGUUUGAUGGACACGAGUACACUGGGCAAAGCAGAUCGUGAACCGGAAUUUUUGCACAUGUACAAUGACAUUCAGAAGACAUUGAAGGCAAUUGUUAAUGAACACCAUCAGGGAUUCAACAGUUCUAUUGGAACAUACCACAAAAUCCAAUCCAAUAUAUCUUCCUCGCAAACUCGAGUGCGCAGCCUGAGGCAUGCCCUGGAUCAGGCCAAAUCCGGGUUAAUAUCGACCAAGCCCGAGUUGAAAGGACUGGCAACGUCUUCUCAGAAUUACGAUGAUAUCGUACAGCUGUUCACUCAGAUUGAGGAAAUUCAAUCCCUUCCCGAAAAAUUGGAAACUCAGAUUUCAGACAAGCGAUUCCUUGCAGCUGUGGAUGUGCUUCAUACUGGUCUCCGCGUUCUACGGCGUUCGGAGCUGGAGGACAUCGGCGCUUUAUCCGAUAUUCGCGCUUAUUUCAUAAACCAGGAAACAUCACUCACAGACAUCCUGAUCGAGGAGUUGCACGACCAUUUAUACCUUAAAUCACCCUAUUGCUCAGACAGAUGGAAACCACCCACCUCUGAUGAAAAAGAGGUUCAUACGUCUAAUUUGGCCGGUAGUCGCUCUUGGGAACGGCCUGUGUAUAGUUUCCUGGCCAAGUUCGAUCCGUUGACGCCUAUGGUCGAAGACGCCUCUCGGAACCCGGAAGCUGAUACGUUUUCCUACAUUCAGUUAUUGAUCGAAGCCCUGAACAAGAUGGGUCAUCUUGACGUCGCGGUUCAUAAGAUCGAGCAGCGUCUUCCAGUCGAACUGUUUGCCGUGGUAGAUAAGACCAACGCAGAGGUUGAUACUCGUUAUCCUGCGCCAACCAAGAGCUUCUCGGCCCAAGACAACUACAAACAGUCCAGUCUCCCCACUGAGAUUAUUGAAAAACGAGGCCACGUGCUUUCUGAGUUUUUAUGGGCGCUAUAUGCCAAGUUCGAGGCAAUUGCGGAAGGCCACCGGAUUCUUCAUGAUGUUGUUGCGGCCAUUGUGCAACGAGAAGGCUUAACCAAAAGCGAGACGCUUUCUGGGGGAUUCAAGGAGUUGUGGAAACUUCUACAAAGCGAGAUACGAUCUCUCAUGCACGACUACCUUGCAACCGAUGGAGACUCUUCUGUUCGAUCUAGAGCAGAAGAGAAUGAGUCUCGACGCCAUCUAUACACAGGCAACCGCGAUAAGAAUAAGAAAAUGUUCAAGCUGUCCGACUUCGAGCAUAAUUCUGAGAUGAAAGCCGAACAAGACGAACUGGAUGAAAUCCUCAAGUCCUCAGUCCCGGGACUUGUUUCUAAGUCAAGGCAAAAGGCCGCAACAAAUGAUACCACGCAAUCUAAUAAGGGUAACUCAGGGACCGGGCAUAAGAUUUUGCUUGAUCCAAGUGUUUUCAAUAUGGGAAUCCUUCUUCCUCCCUCUCUAUCCUUCAUCCAGCGGCUCAAGGAUAUCGUUCCUGUUGAUGCGGAUAUCUCCAUGGGCACUUUGACCUCCUUUUUGGAUGACUUCAUGGUGAACGUCUUCCUACCCCAGUUGGAUGAGACAGUGACGGAUCUUUGCACGCUCAGCUUCAUUUCCGCAGAUGCGUUUACAGAAGACCCCCAUUGGGCCAAGUCUUCUCCCCGGCCUAUUUUCAAGGGAACGAUCAAAUUCAUGUCCAUUGUUCGGGAGUUUAGCAAAAUGCUGUCGAGUAUUCCACACGAUCAAGCAUUUACGCAGCUUCUUAUUGACCAGAUCGUGACCUAUUAUGACAAGUGCUGUGGGUGGUACAAAGCAAUGGUCACGAAAGUCUCUGCACGGAACCGUGGAGGCGAAGUCCGACUGAAAGCUGCGGCUUCCUUUGCUGAAACAGGCGACAUCCAUGAUGUUGUGGAUGAACUGUGGAAAAAUGCCGGGGAAAAGAAACAGACCCUGAUUGAUACAGAAAUCGAUCUUCUUCUCAAGCGAACGGGGCAAGUGCCAUUGGAGCCUUACGACAUCAUAUCUGACCCGAAAACCGUCAUUUCCCUUUCGCUCUUGUACAACAGCAUGCAAUGGCUUGCAAGUCACCUCGCGAGAAUUCGACUUGUGGUUGAACAUACAGCGGAUGCCGAGUCAUCCAGUUUGACUGCAACUGGCCGGCCGUCUCGUAGAUGGACUCUGUUCGGGUCCAUGAAGCCCAAUCGCGAUAGCAUCAAUACUCCGGUGCAUUUGCCACUCAACCACGAGACUGCCGUGGCCUUUGAUGGGACGCUCCAAUCAUUGCACCGGCUUGGGGAUACUGCACUUCUGACGAUGCAUGUUGACAUCCGCUGUGGCAUCAUCCACAUGUUGACUAAAACAAUGGCCGGGCCGAAUCCUCCUAACUUGCGGAACUCCGAACCCAUCACUCCAUCCCCAAACAUAACACACAACUGGUGGCAUAUUAUCAUGAACCAACCUACCGCUGCAUCACCGACAAUUCUCGCACUUAACAAUGAUCUCAUCGCAUUCGACACCAACAUCUCGACGUAUCUCGGGUCUGUUGAGCGUUGGUUCAUUACAUCGGGCCUGGCACGGUUUAUCGAUCGGGUCUUUGUCGCUUGCACCCAGUAUAUCGGGGCCAUGAACGAGAAUGGAGCGCUGCGACUACAGCUUGAUGUGCUUGUUCUCCAACAAAACUUGAAGAACAUCAUCAUCGAUCCAGCUGGUGAAGCAUCGGAUUCAGCGACAGAUUUACACGCGCAGGCUUCUCAAGAAAUCGUUGCCCUACCACGUAGCGCAAAGUUCCUGGACUGGUUCCUAGAAGGCGCCGAGAGGACCCUGGACUACGCUCAGGAAGAGAAGGAGGCUUUUGCAUCGCAAGGCGACAAGGCCUUGGCUGCUGGAAACGGCGAGCCAUUUACCUAUGAGGAGCUGCGUGUUCUCGUAGAUCUAUGCUUCUCUGAAAUUCUCCGUGGUCCACGUGGGGCGGAGAGCCGAGAGGAGUUUAUGUCGGCGAAAAAGGCCAGUGCGGAUGCGCUACUGAGGCUGAACGAGAUUAUGUGGGAUGCUCGGUAG